UAAGUUUUCAUUUUUUCUUUGUGAAGUACCUAUUUAUCGUAAGAUAAUAUUUUAUAAUGAUAUCAAAUGAUUUAUUUUAACUUAAUAUUUUAUUUAAAAAAUUAUUUAAUUUAUUAAAUACAUUUAAAAAAGGAAUAUAUAUUAACUACAAUUAUUAUAAAAUUAAUUAUUUGAUUUACAAAUAUUUAUUGGGUGAAAUAAAAAUUUUAUUAAGAUUAUUAAAUUAAUUUUAGAUAUAUGUAUUCUGUAAAUUUUUUUUUGUUCUUUAGAUAUAAAUUUAAUGGAAAUAUUUUCAAUAUCAAAAUUAUUUUUAAUUUUUAUAUUAAAUUUCUUUCAUUUUUGUAAUAUAUUUAUUUCUAAAAUAAAAUAUUCGUGAAAUUUUUUCGGAUAUUUUACUUAAAAUUCUUAUUUUUUGUAUAAAUAACUAUAAAUACCAUAGUUAAUGUUACUGUCGCAAUUGCAAACAUAAUCAUUCGUGCUUUUGUCGAAUGUUGAUUGUUGUCUCAUUUGUUUCUACAUAUCUUGAAAAAUUCUGCAUAUUUUCUAAAUUUUUAAUUAUAUUUAAUUGUUUUAUAUAAAUAAAUUAUGAAUAUCAUUAAAAUUCGAUCCUUUCGAUCCAUAUCCACAGGAUCUACCCUUCGAAAUCGAUUGACUGAACAAACUGAUCAAUUAACAAAAUCUAGUUUAAUAAAGAAAUCAACAGUUGAUCUUACAGAUAUAGAUCAUUUUUCUAAAUUACACAAUAAAUGGUGGGAUGUCAAUGGUGAAAUACGUCCAUUGCAUGCAUUGAAUCCUCUUAGGAUACAACUUAUUCGAGAUGGCUUAGCAAAUAUAGGAGUCAAAAUAGAAUGUCCUUAUUUACCAUUAGAAGGAAUCAAAAUUCUAGAUGUUGGUUGUGGUGGAGGAUUAUUAUCAGAAUCUUUAGCCAGAAUAGGAGCAGAUGUAACUGGAAUUGAUGCUUCAUCAGAAUUAAUAACAGCUGCAAAACAGCAUGCUGUUUUAGAUGCUAGUUUAGAUGGAAAAUUAAAUUAUUUUCAAACAAUAAUUGAAGAUUUUGCUCUAAAUAAUAAAGAAGUAUAUAAUGCUGUAGUGGCUUCAGAAGUUAUAGAACAUGUAAAUAAUAAAGAAUUAUUUCUAAAGUGUUGUAUAAGUUCUUUAAAACCUGGUGGUUCGAUAUUUCUUACAACUAUUAAUAAAACUUUACCUUCAUGGCUUGGAGGAAUAAUUGCAGCUGAACGUAUUUUAAAAGUAGUACCAAAGGGUACUCAUGAUUGGAAUAAAUUUGUCACUCCCACAGAAAUGCAAUCUUUAUUAGAGACAUAUGGUUGCAAGACAAAAUUGAUUCAUGGAAUGUUUUAUAAUGUUUUAAAAAACGAAUGGUCUUGGAUGGCUUCAACAGCAAUAAAUUAUGCAAUUCACGCAGUAAAAAAAAAGGAACAAAAAUAAAUAACAUAUUCUAUUAUUUAUAUAACAUAUUCUAUUUGUUUUAUACUUCACGAGAUAUUAACAUAUUUGAGAAAUUAUUUUAUUUUAUAAUAUUAUGUGAUAUUCUAUGUAAAUUAUUAUAAUUUAUGAUGACUUGUAGUUUCGUAUUUAAAUUUUAAUCAUGAUGUUUCAUAUCAUUAAAAAGUGAAUUAUUGAUCACUUAUUUAUGAAAUAAUAACACAGGAUAUGACAUGAAAAAAAUUUAUUACUUUUAUCUUUGUAAUAUAGUAUACAUUUUGUUAUAAAUGACUAAUUUACAUAUUUUAUAUUUAUAUAUUGAUUAUAGUAUCUGUUACAUUUAUUUUCAUUAAUAAAACUAUUAUACAUAUUAUAUAUACAAAAAGCAGGAAAAAUAUUAAAAAUAAUCAAAUAAAAACAUAAAAUUAUGAGAAAA